UUAUGCGUUACUUUACUGUUCAACGUGAUAUUGCUAUGUUAUGGUGUUUAAUGAGGUUGUGUUAUGCAAGGUUAUGUGGAUAUUAUUGUUAAUUCAAGCAAGUGAAACAUAUGCAGACAAAAUAAAAGAUACUUAUCUAGUGAAAUAUAUACAAGAAGAUGCAAAAGAUCAGACAACUUCACGACCCAAUACGUUAUACGACGAUGCAGACGAUCUGCAGAAGCAGCUCGAUAAUGAAGCAAGAGAUAAAUUAAAAGUAGGGAAACCUAAGACAAUCUGGGUGUUCCAUUUGCCCACACCGUUCCCAGAUAUCACAUAUUUAGUGACGACGCGACGACCGAGGAGCGCUAUUCAUCAUAAUAAAUCAACAUGUAAGAAUAAUACAAAGGCGGAACCUGUUGACGUCUCCUUUGAAUGGGAUUACAAAAAUCAAAAUGAUUGGGGUAAGACAUUCCCUGAAUGUGGAGGCCGGUCUCAAUCGCCGGUUGACCUGCCACUGCAAGGUUUCGUCAAAGCUAAAGGCGGUCGACGUCUCCUGUUUACCAAUUAUAACCUUUACCCGAAAAAAAUAACUGUUAAGAAUGAUGGAAAAAGAGUUGUCCUCUUCGGUCACUGGGAUCGUAACCGUAUGCCGCUCGUGUACGGCGGCGCUGCACACAGUCGACGGUAUAUUUUCCAUUCGUUGAGCUUUAUGUGGCCUUCAGAGCACACGAUAGGAGGUCUACAGUUCCCUAUGGAGAGUCAAGCAUUGCAUAUAUCAGCAGAAUACGGGUCUAUGAAGGAAGCUUUGGAUGCAGCACCAAGCGAUCCUCAGGCGUUUCUUGGUAUCGUAAAUAUAUACAAGUUUGGAGAUCACACUCAAAAAGGCCUACGGGAAGUAUUAAGAGUCCUAAGAAGACAAAGCACUUUCAAUGUUUCUGCCACCGUUCAUCCGUUGAGCUAUUUUGUGCCGCGUUUCAAAGACUAUGCGAGUUACCAGGGGUCAUUGACCUCGCCACCGUGCACCGAGUCAGUACUUUGGUUGGUACGAGCAAGAAGUUUACCAGUUCAGAGGGAAGCAAUAACCGCCGCACAGAAAUUGAAGAGCCCCUACGGAGAUACGCAGAGCUUCGCCGUACGUUUAACACAGCCGCUUAAUGAUAGGAAAAUAUUCUUAUUUCAUUAAAUAUG